AUGAAUGGAAUAAGAUCUAUUUUUGCUCGAAAUUUCAAUUGGUUUUCGAGAAAAGCAAAUAAUAACUCGUCGUUUAGUGGACGGUUAAAACGAAAUGUAAGAAAUAUUAUCAUCGUUGGUAUUAUUGGUGUUGGCACAUAUCAUGGUUAUCGAAAAUAUCAUCGUUAUCAAUGGAGAAAUGCAGUCAAUGAUUUAAAUGAAAAUCUUGGAAGAAAACCACGAUUAAUUGUCUUAGGAACAGGAUGGGGUUCUGUAUCCCUUUUAAAACAUAUUGAUACAUCAAAAUAUGAAGUUAUUUGUGUAUCACCACGAAAUUAUUUUCUCAUGACACCAUUAUUACCAUCAGUUAGUGUUGGAACAAUUGAAACUCGAACUGUUAUCGAAUCCAUUCGAUCAUUAAUUGGACCACAUAUUCAAUUUCUCGAAGCAAAUUGUUUUAAUGUUGAUAUCAAUUCCAAAACAAUUUCAUGUAAGACAAAUAAUGAAUCGAAUCAAUCAACAUUUAAUCUGAAUUAUGAUAUUCUUAUUGUUGGAAUUGGUUCAGAAAAUAAUACAUUUAAUACGCCUGGUGUUGAACAAUAUGCACAUUUUCUUAAAGAAAUACCUGAUGCUCGACGUAUAAGAGCAAAGAUUAGUGAUGCUUUUGAAUUUGCAAUGAUACCAACACAAACAAUUGAAGAAAAAAAACGUCUUUUACAAUUUAUUAUUGUUGGUGGUGGACCAACCGGAGUGGAAUUCGCUGCUGAACUAUCUGAUUUAAUUCAUGAGGAUUUAAAAAAUUAUUAUCCACAACUAGUUACCAAUGAUGUGAAAAUUACAUUAAUUCAAUCAACAGAUCAUAUUCUUUCAACAAUGGAUAAGAAAAUCAGUGAAUAUACGGAAAAACAUUUUCAUCGUGAAAAUAUUGAAAUUUUGACAAAUACUCGCGUAAAAGAAGUACGAGAACGUGAAGUUUUACUUCAAUCAAAAGAUUCUAAUGAACAACGACAAAUUCCAUGUUCAGUUAUUGUUUGGGCAACAGGAAUUCAAUCAAGACCAUUAACUAAUGAAAUUCGACAAACAAUUGGAUUAAAUAUUCAAAAUAAUCGAAUGGGUCUUCUAACAGAUCAAUAUUUACGUGUGAAAGGUGUUUCAGAUCAAUCAAUAUUUGCUUUAGGUGAUUGUGCAACGAUUGAACAACUCAAACUUCUCGAUCAAAUUCAAUCUUUAUUUGAACAAGCGGAUACAGAUCAUCAGAAUGGUUUAGAUUUACAAGAAUUUCGAUCAUUAGUUCAAAAGAAUAUCGCUCAAUAUCCACAAUUAGAAAUCUUUGCAACAAGUAUUGAAAAAGCAUUUGCAGAAGCUGACAAAGAAAAUUCGGGUUAUUUAACAGUUGAUACACUUCGUUUUAUCUUAGAAAAAGCUGAUAAAAAGAUACGUACAUUACCAGCAACAGCACAAGUUGCAUAUCAGCAAGGUUGUUAUCUCGCAAAUUUAUUAAAUCAUAUCAAUGAUUUCAAAUCGAUUCAUUUUCAAGAAGGAAAUUUCGAACCAUUUCGUUAUAAACAUCGAGGUUCAUUGGCAUAUGUUGGUGGAGAUUCAGCUGUUUUAGAUUUCAAUCAUUCGAAAACGAUUUUCGAAAGAUUUUCAUUGAAAUCAUUAUCUGGUCGUAGUGCGCUUUACCUAUGGAAAUCAUUUUAUUUAACUGAAAUGUUUACUGGACGUACAAAAGUUUUAUUAGCUUCUGAUUGGAUUCGUACUCAAAUUUAUGGAAGAGAUAUUAGUCGAUAUUAA